AUGGAUCCAUCAGUUAUUGCACAGCUCAUGGAUAUUCUUCGUGUCAAUCCAUAUUCUAGAUUUUUUCGCUCUCUUGGAGAUUUACCAAGUUUGGAAUGUCAAAAAAUAUGCAUUAGAUCAGAUCCUGGUUUAGAUCAACGUGUAUAUAAUGCUCCUACAUCAUCAGAAGUUGCAGCAAUUUGGAUUGAAGAUGAUACUCUAGAACAAAUAACACCUCGAGACAUCUUUGUUUACAACCAUGUUGGUGGAAGUCACAUUGUUCAAUAUUACUAUGGAUGUUAUGAUCCACUUCAGUAUCCAUUGUUGUUUCCUUUUGGUGAUAUUGGAUGGCAUCAAGGUAUACAAAGAAUCAACAGACGAAGUGCAUUUAUGUCUAAUCAUAGUCAUACUGCACAAUCAAUUGAUCCACAUCAAUCAAUAUCUGCCGAAGAAUUACUUAGACAAGAAGAUCAAGUGUUUAGAAGAAAGAGGAAAGAUUCAUUUGUUUCAUGCCGCGAAUACUAUUGUUAUAAGUUACAAAUCAGGGAAAAUAUCAAUUCUAUUCUUUUGGUCUCUGGCCGACUGCUUCAACAAUUUGUUGUUGAUAUGUAUAUUAAAAUUGAGACGUCAAGAUUAGAUUAUUUUCGUAACAAUCAGCAACACAUUCGAUCUGAAUUAUAUCAAAGCAUUGUGGAUAGCAUCAACGUUGGAGAAACAAAUGCUUCUAGAAUUGGAAAGCGAAUAAUUUUACCAUCAUCUUUUAUUGGAGGUCCAAGGGAUAUGCAAAAAAGAUACAUGGAGGCAAUGACUUUAGUUCAAAGGUAUGGCAAACCAGAUAUCUUUCUGACAAUUACAUGCAACCCAAAUUGGAAAGAAAUCUCUGCUGAAUUGAAACCACAUGAAGAAACUCAAAAUCGUCCUAAUUUAAUUGCCCAAGUCUUCAAAGCAAAGUUAGAAGAAUUGAAGGAUCAAUUAUUCAAGCGGGAAAUAUUUGGAAAAGUUUCAGCAUAUGUUUAUGUUAUUGAACAUCAAAAAAGAGGACUUCCCCAUGCACAUUUUUUGAUCAUCCUACAUCGAGAUUGGAAAUUAUAUGCACCUGAAUCUUUCGAUCAAAUUGUUUCUGCAGAAUUACCUGACAAAAACAAGAACUUACAUCUUUAUACAGCUGUUACAAAGCAUAUGAUGCAUGGACCGUGUGGAAUUUUGAAUCCUGCAAAUGUCUGCAUGAAAAGAAAUGGUCAUUGCAAAAAUAGUUACCCAAGACAGUUUGUCAAAAAUACAACUAUUGGAAAUGAUUGUUUUCCAAUAUACAGACGAGCUGAUGACAAAAAAGUAGUCAAAAUCAGAGGUCAUGAUUUGGAUAAUCGAUGGGUUGUUCCAUACAAUCCUUACUUGCUUGCAAUGUUUGACUGCCAUAUCAAUGUCAAAAUAUGUUCUACAAUAAAGGCAGUUAAAUACCUUUAUAAGUAUGUUUACAAAGGUCAUGACCGUGUUGCCUUUAAUUUGGUUUCUGAACAAACCAAUCAACAAAUUGAUGAAAUUCAACAAUUUCAAUCAGCCCGAUGGAUUGCUCCGCCAGAGGCAAUGUGGAGAAUAUAUGGAUUUAUUAUCAAUGAGGUGCAUCCAGCAGUCUACAACUUACAUUUACAUCUUGAAAAUCAGCACCAAGUAACUUUCCGAGCACAUGAAAACUUGACAAACGUUAUUAAUUCUGAUCUUUCUGCAAAGUCAAUGUUGACAGAAUUUUUCUCUACAAAUCAAGUUGACCAAAAUGCCAGAAGAUUGUUAUAUAAAGAAUUUCCAGAAUUUUAUGUUUGGAGUCAACAAUACAAAAUGUGGACUGUUCGAAAGAAACAAGUUGUUAUAGGCCGAAUCGUGACAGCAAAUCCUUCUGAAGGUGAAAGAUAUUAUUUGCGAAUUUUAUUGAAUCAUAUAAGAGGUCCAUUAUCAUUUGAUGAUCUCAAGACAGUUAAUGGUGUUUUAGCUCCCACAUUUCGUGAAGCAGCUACAAUGCACGGUUUAUUACAAAGAGAUAACAGCAUCGAAGAAUGUUUACAAGAAGCAUCUCUUUAUCAAACACCUUCUAAUUUGCGGCGACUAUUUGCAACCAUUUUGGUCUAUUGUAAUCCAGCAAAUCCAAGAUAUCUUUGGGAACUUUUUGAGCAAGACAUGUCAGCUGAUUUUCAAACAACUGAACAUUCUCUAUUAAAUGUGAGAAUGCAGGUUUUACACUCCAUCUCCACAACACUUGAAUCAAUGGGUAGAGAUAUUAAUUCAUUUCAACUUCUUGAUCAAAACAUUCAUUUUGAUGAAGAUGAAUUUUUGUCUAGAGAAAUUGAUGAUGAAUUAGCUGUUUCAAUUCCAGAAGAAGAUAUACUUGCAUCAACAUUGCUCAAUACAGAACAACAAGUUGUUUACAAGUUAGUUCUAGAAAAAGUUUUCUCAGAUCAAAAUGCUGCAUUCUUUAUAGAUGGACCUGGCGGAACAGGAAAGACUUUUUUGUAUAAAGCACUUCUUGCAGAAAUAAGAUCAAAAGAUUUAAUUGCUAUUGCAACUGCUUCAUCUGGUGUUGCUGCAUCAAUUUUACCUGGAGGUCGAACAGCACAUUCACGAUUUAAAAUGCCUCUAGAUAGUAACAAAAAUUCUAUAUGCAGCGUCAGCAAACAAAGUGGACUUGCAAAAUUGCUACAAGUAACAAAAUUGAUUAUAUGGGAUGAAGCUCCAAUGUCAAGAAAGGAAGCUAUAGAGGCAUUAGAUAGAAUGUUAAAAGAUGUCAACGAUUCAGAACUACCUUUUGGUGGAAAAGUUGUUAUAUUUGGAGGAGAUUUUCGUCAAAUUUUACCCGUUGUUCCUAAAGGCACAAGACAACAACACAUUGAUGCUAGCUUGGUUUCUUCUUAUCUAUGGCCCAUAUUAACAAAGAUUCAUUUGACUGAAAAUAUGCGUGCCAGAUUAGAUCCAGAUUUUUCAAACUACAUAUUGGAAUUGGGCAAUGGAAUGCCACCAAUUACAAUUGACGAAUAUGUCAAGAUUCCUACAACAAUGUUAAUCCCAUAUCAAGACGAUAGUACUUCUUUGGAUCAACUGUUGGAUGCUAUUUUUGAUGAUAUUUCAGAAUAUUCAAUGAAUAUUUCAAACAUGAUGAAUCGUGCCAUAUUAGCACCAAAGAACAGCUAUGUAGAUGAGAUAAACAAUUUAUUGAUACAAAGAUUUCCAGGAGAGAUGAAACAGUAUUACAGCUUUGACGAAACAAUAGAUGCAUCUGAACAAGCAGUCAUGGAAGAUUUCUUAAAUACAUUAACUCCAAAUGGAUUCCCUCCACAUCAAUUGUUGCUGAAACAGAAUUGUCCGAUCAUGUUGCUUAGAAAUAUUAAUCCUUCAGAAGGAUUAUGCAAUGGAACACGACUGAUUUGUCGUAAUUUUGAUCAUAAUGUGAUUCAUGCAGAAAUUGCAAUUGGCCAUCAGAGUGGCAAAAAAGUUUUUAUUCCUAGAAUUCCAUUUUUGCCAAGACCAGAUGAGAACAGUGGUUUCCCUUUCAAGAGAACUCAAUUUCCUAUCAGAUUAAGCUUUGCAAUGAGUAUAAACAAAUCACAAGGACAAACAUUAGAUCUUGUUGGGAUAUACUUGCCUCAACCAGUUUUUUCACAUGGACAAUUAUAUGUGGCUUUAUCAAGAGCAAAGACUAUUUCUGCAGGAAAUCGUGUUCAAGCAACCAUGUUUGGUAAUGAUAUUGAUUCAAGAAAAAACUCUCUGCAUAUCUUCCAAUCUUAUUACAUCAUAGAUGCAUUUGUUAAGCCGUUAGAUCCAAAAUUCAGAACAGAAUCAUACGAGUUUCAGUGGAUUUUAAAUUCUAAGACAAUCAUCGAAGAAGUACCAAAUGAUGAAAUCCAUUUAGAGCUACCGAAGUACAAUUUCAUUUCUAUUGAUCAGUUGGAUCCCUACAAAGACUCAGUUGCAGAAAUAGAUCUAUUAGCAGUUGCCAUUCAGAUGAAACCAUCCAAAGAAAUAACAUUAACAAAUGGACCAAUUGCUAUUCAAGAAAUUUAUGUCAUAGAUCAAAGCUGUCGAGCAUACAUUGAAGUUGAUGAUGGAACAGGAAAAUUGGCUGCAGUGAUAUUUGGCGAAAUUGCUGAAGAAGUAUUAGGCUACUCUGCAAUCGAUUUCAUGAAUCACAACGGAGAGGAACAUCUACCAUUUAUAGAAACAGUUGCAGCACAAGUUUCAGAAAAAUAA